AUGAGUACUUACAAAUCGAGAACAACUUCUUACUACCCACAAUCUGAUGGAAUGGAAGAACGAUUUAACCAGACAAAGGAGAGGUACCUCGCAAAAGUUGUGGAAAAUUGCCGUGGAGACUGGGACAAGCACAUACAACCGUUUAUGUUGUCAUAUCAAAGCGCUGUUCACGAAAGUACAUCAGUGAAACCAGCUUUCGCAAACUUUAGGAGAGCAUCACAGCUGCCUGCAAACCUGAUGCCCCACGCAGUACAACCGAUUAUGCAAAUGACUUGCGGAACAAAAUUAAUGACAUUUAUCAGCACGUCAGACAUUUGGGCCAACAAAUGUCUAAAAGAUGAAAAGACGGUAUGA